UCAAACUCAUCACACAGCAAUAUGGAGGCUGAAGUUCCCAAUCUGAGCAUUGUAUUAUGUGGAGAAUCUGUAGCAGUCCAGUUUGGACAGGACAACAUUCUCCUUGGAGAGGAUCCCAUCCUACAAAAUGUGGAAGCAUCUGUGAAUGUUCAUUUGAAGAUGAAGCUAUCAGACCGGCAAGUCUCAGUGAUCAACAUAAUCGGUUGUCAUGAGACUGAACUGAACCCUGUCGAUGAAGCUAUUGGCAAACUACUAGAUGAAAAUGACUUUCACGCUUUCAUAUUUGUGGUGCGACUGGGCCAAUUUACAGAUGCUGAUAAGAUGUCUACUGAAUGGCUACAGAGAGUAUUUGGUGACAGAGUUCUUCAGUUUAUGAUGAUUCUCUUCACCUAUGAGAAAGAAGAAGAGUGUGACUCUAUAAUAGAUGAUCUAAAGAAGAACUCUGUUCUAGAGCAGCUGCUGGAGAAAUGUGGAGGAAGAUAUCACACUUGCAGCAAGAUCAUGAACAACCAAUCAGAGAUGAGAGAACUGAUGAACAAGAUUGACCAGCUGUUUAAAGAAAAUAAACAGCAGUGCUACACUAGUAAGCUAAAACUCAGAGAAGAUAAAUCAAAGUUGUAUCAGAGAGCAACACAUAUCUCACUGGAAACCAUGAAAGAUCAAAAUCGUCACAGUAAGAUGGACAUUCCUACAAUGACUGAUGAAUCUUCUGCCACUGAUGAAAAACACAGCAGGCAAGAUAAGGACAAAUAUGAGAAGAUAAACCAACAUCCACAUUCCGAUCAAACAGAGAUUUUGGAAGAUCACAAGGACAAUGAACUCACAGUGAAAGUUGAGAAAAACUCCCAAAUGGAAGUACCAACAGAAAAGCUUGAGGAAACCUUCCAGACUGAAGGACCUACAGAAAAGCUUGAGACAUCUGAGGGAUCAGACUCUAGAACCCCAUUAACAAGUGAUGAGGAAGAGCAAGCAGCAGAUACUGAAGAUGGAAAAACACAGACUCCGGUAAACUUGGACCAAACCAAGAAACAAGACAUACUCACAAAAAAAGAUGAUAUACUGGGAGCAACAGAAAGUCCAGACUCAUUUGAAGGAAUGGCAAAGAUGAAACGAGAUGAAGCAGAGCAAAUAUUUAGUCGAAUUCGACUUGUGGAUAAGAACUUCCAAAAACUGAAACUGAAAUUAUCAGAUUUUCUUCAAGUAAAAGAAGAUAAGCUAAAAUGGCAUGAGCCUUGUGAAGAAGAACACUUAGUCCAGUCUUUCAUACAAAGACUGUUAAUGAUAGAUUACAGAGCAAGAUUCAUUCCAGUUAAAGAAGUAAUCAGUGAGAAAUAUCACACACAAGUUAUUCAGGAUUCUGAUAAACAAGAUUAUGGUGAAGCUGAUGCUUUUGAUAAUAUUUUUGAACAAACUCCUAAACUUGCUGAUGGAAAAAACAAAUCUGACCCCAUUCACCCAAUGGACAUUCAGAUGGCUGUGUUUCAUUGUGCUGAUAGUUUCCUGAAGCAGCUGAUGGUGACUAAACUGUCACAGUGUCAGUAUGCUCUGCCUCUGCUUGUACCGGAUCCAUUCACACAACACAUUGAGUUUCCUCUCUGGACAUUUAGACAAAUCAACAAGAGCUGGAAAACAAUUGAUAAUAAUACAGGUAAAAUCAUCAGUAAAAUCCAGCCAGUCUACAAGGUAAAGACUCCAAUGGUUUGUUUCUUCAGGUUUGGAUCAGUGUCCUCAUCCAAGUCUCAGAUGAUGAGCAGUCUGAUCAAUGAGAAACACAACACAUUCUUCCACAAGAACUGCCCAGGCAGCAGCAAAACCAGAGUACUGAUGGAUGGAGUGGUGGAGAUCGCCUGGUACUGUCCCUCUCAAAAAAACACAGAUAAAUUUACUGACUGUGUGGCAUUCUGUAAUCUACAUGGUGAUGCAGGAGACCAUGAGAAACAGCUGCAGAUCAUGACGGAAAUGUCCUCAGUCAAUGUUGUUAUUCUACCACAACUUGACAGGAAUGACAAAAAUAUGAUUAAAGUUAAACAUCUCUUCAAGGAAUCAAAGCCACUAAUUUGUCUUCUUUCUGAGAAUGACUCAGCUCUUGCUUUGAUAAACAAUGGAAAAUACAAAAUGGGUUUGAAAGACAGAAAUCAGUCAGAUGUGUCUGAAGAACUCAGAAGAGCUAUAAAUGAUUGUCUCUCAGUCUCUUCAGAAUCAUCUUCCAUUUUCAGACUUGAAGACAUGUCCAAACACUCAGAUAUCAGAGUAGAUGAAGAUGAUGAUGAAGACUGCAAGAGAGGAAAAGAAGCAGCACAGCAGAUUAUGAGAUUACUGGAGAAUAAAGACCUGACUGAAAUCAAAGAAUCAUUAAUGCCAUGUCAGGGAAAACUGUGGCAUCAGUGGUGUCAGAAGAACAAAGAACUACAUCGACCUCAGGCAGAUGUAACUGAAAUGGAGAUUAGUAGAAAAAAAACAGACUUGAAGAAAAUUCGAGACUUGCAACAUACAGCUGGCCUUAGUGAGUUUAUGAGAUUCUUCAUUAAAGAAAUAUGUUUAAAUACUGAGUGGAUGUACAGAAAAAAAAAAUAUUUUCUAAAAUGGCUUGCUUUUUUCCUGGAUGAAUAUACCUCACAUGGCCUUUCUGCUCUAUAUCACAUGUAUGAUGAAAGGUGGUCUAGAAUUUUAAAACUAAAAGAGAUGCAUGAUAAAUCUGAAAAACUGAUAGUUGAACAAACAGAGCUUGAGAGAGUAUCUGAGGAACUUCAAGCCGCAACCUUUGGUGUGGAGCACAUCCUGAGAGAGAUUGGUCAGAUCUAUGAAUCUUGUUCAUCAGUGAAGAAGAACAAGGAAGGUCUGCAGUUUCACUUCUCUUCUCUCCCGAGUCUUGCAGCAGAGAUGAUGAUCUCUGGAUUUCCUCUGGAGCUGAUGGAUGGAGAUGCUGCUCAUGUUCCUGUGAUCUGGAUCUCUGCUGUUCUAGAUGAACUCAUCAAGAAACUGGGAGACCAGAGAGUGUUUGUGCUGUCAGUUUUAGGGAUUCAGAGCUCUGGGAAAUCCACCAUGCUGAAUGCCAUGUUUGGACUGCAGUUUGCCGUCAGUGCUGGCAGGUGCACCAGAGGAGCUUUCAUGCAGCUGGUCAGAGUGUCAGAGGAGAUGAAAGCACAGCUGAUGUUUGACUAUAUUCUGGUGGUUGAUACUGAGGGACUCCGUGCUCUAGAACUGGCUGGAAGAUCAACAAGACAUCAUGACAAUGAAAUGGCCACAUUUGUUGUUGGUCUUGGGAAUAUGACAUUGAUUAACAUCUUUGGAGAAAACCCAUCUGACAUGCAGGACAUUCUUCAGAUUGUUGUUCAGGCCUUCUUGAGGAUGAAAAAAGUCAGACUGAAUCCCAGCUGUAUGUUUGUGCAUCAGAAUGUUUCAGAUGUCACAGCUGGAGAGAAAAACAUGGAGGGAAGGAGACGACUGCAGGACACACUGGAUAAGAUGACAAAACUUGCUGCCAAAGAGGAAGUCUGUGAUGUGGAAUGUUUCAGUGAUGUCAUUACAUUUGAUAUUCAGAAUGAUGUGAAGUAUUUUGCACAGCUCUGGGAAGGCAGCCCACCCAUGGCACCACCAAACCCAAACUACUGUGAAAAUAUUCAAGAACUAAAGAAAGCUAUUCAUUUCCAUGUCUCUAAAUCUGAUAGCAUGAUGCUGACAGACCUGAAAGAUCGUAUUCAUGAUCUCUGGGAUGCUCUGCUAAAUGAACAUUUUGUGUUCAGCUUCAAAAAUUCUCUGGAGAUUGCAGCAUACAGGAAACUGGAGACAAAAUACAGCAAAUGGACUUGGAGCCUUCGCAGUACCAUGCUAGAAACUGAGAACACAAUAUAUAACAAAAUUGAAAAUGAAGCAAUACAUAAUGUUGAGGAAAGUGAUCUUGAAAGAGAACUAAAAAUGAAAAGUGAAAAACUGAAAAAGUCUAUGUCAGAAUUCUUUGAGAAAGACAGAGAUAAAGACAUACUGAUUCAGUGGAAAGCUUCAUUUGAAAUCAAAAUCAAAGAGCUUCAGGAAAACAUUGUAAGAGAAACAAAGAGGAAAUUAAAUGAGAUUCUACAGCAGCGAGACAUGAAGAAAGAGAUUGAUGCUCAGAAGACACAUCAUGAAAACACUCUCUUUGACAAGAGCAAAGAACUUGCCUUGAAACUUCAACAUAAAGCAAAUGAUGAAGAAACCCUGAAAAAAGAGUUUGAUUCAUUUUGGAAACAGCGGGUGGCGAAGAUCAUCAAAGACAGACAUCCAAUAGAAGAAAGUGACAUAUCCAGGGACAUGAAACAACUCCUUAGUGAUGUUUAUAAAAGUGCCCCUCUAGGUCAUAGGAAUACAAGCAGUGUGCACAGUGAUGUUUCUUCUGUGCCCAGCUAUUCAGAGUACAUCAUUUUCAAAAGACCCACAGGAAUUGGUGAGGCAGUAAAGGGUGCUUGCAGAGCAGUUAAACAAACAUUUGGAUACAUACAAACCCUGUCUCAAGAGAUUGAAAACCAAAUAAGAGAUUUAGUCAAAGACAUUGCUAUGCAGAUAGACAACUUAAUUAUGUCUUUUAACAUUGCAAAAAUGGGUUUCAAUGGAGGCUACAUUCAACGCUUGAUAGAUUACAUCAAAUCAAGAGUAAAAGAACAUGAGGAAGGCCCAGUGAAUUAUGUGUUUAAGAACGAAUUCACCAUAGAUCUGAUAGUUUAUAACUGCACAAAUGCAACACAGAAGUUCACUGCACUCCACAGAAUGUUCAGGGAAGCAAAUGAUCCUCUACUCUAUUUGGAGAAGAAGAGAGGAGAGUACUACAGUAUUUUCCAGAAAUACUGCCAAGGAGCAACAUCAGCUGCCAUUUUUGGUGAGAUCAUCUGCCAGAAACUGAAAGAGCCCAUUGAGCAGAGUGUCUUUAAAAGAACUGCCAGAGAUUUGGCAGAUGAAAUGAGGACAAACUGUGAAUCACUGAAUGGAAACAGAUCCAACCUGGAGAAACACAUCCUGAAGACACUGGCAGAAAAGGCAGAUUUUGGGAUGUACAUCUCGUAUAUUCAUAAUCCCAGAGAACACUUCAAGAGAUUCAUUAGAAAUGAAGUCAGUCAGCACAUCACCAAGUUCAGUGUCAAUGUUCUGCCCAAGAUGGAAAUGAACAUGAAACUCCUGCAGCAGAAGAUCAUGAAAGCAGCUCAUGAAUCUACUGAACAUGUUAAAGUGAACAGUGGAGAUGUUGAUUUGUGGUUGAAGUGUUUCACACAGAAGCUCUCAGAUGUGCUGAUAUUCUCUGAAAAGGACCUCAGUGGAGUGAGUCGUGAUGAUGUUGAUGAUUUCAACCUUCUAGAAGAUGUGAUGAAGAAAACAAUCCCUUCAGUUAUGUCUGAUAUAAGCAGUGAGUUCAACACAGAGAUAUUCGAUAAAAAGCUGGACUAUAAGGACAGGCCAGAUGAGAUUCUGAUUAAUCACUUGUGUCAGUGCUGUUGGGUUCAGUGUCCUUUCUGUGCAGCCAUUUGCACCAACACAAUAGAAAACCAUGAUGGAGAUCACAAUGUCCCUUUACAUCGAGUGAAUGGAAUCAGUGGAAUGUCAUACAGAGGAACAGAAAAUCUCUGUAUUGGUUUUUGCACAACUUUAGUGCAAAGUGCAAAGGAAUUUUACCCAUGUGCUGAAUCUGAUCAAUCCAUCCAAUAUAAAGAGUACAGAUCAGCAGGAGAAAAGUUUGCUAACUGGAAUAUCACCACUGACCUCUCUGAGCUGCCAUACUGGAAAUGGUUUGUGUGCUGUUUCCAAACAAAAUUAGAGGACUACUACAAGAAAACAUUUGAGGGGAAAGGUGAGAUUCCAGAUGAAUGGAAACAAUACACAAAACAGGAAGCUAUUGAUAGUGUGGAUAAAUACAUAUAA